UCAGAAGAACCGAAAUCGAAAGCCCAAAGGUCCCAAAUCAGACGACCCGAGAGAAACAGAGAGAGAGAGAGAGAGAGAAGAACAAAUCACUAGUAGAAAACAGAGAGCAGAGAAGAGCAGAGCAAAAGAAAAGAAUGGGGACAGAGUCGGUGAGAAUGUCAUCGGCAUCGUCUACAGCUUCCUCAGUUGGCAACUUCAACCAUGGUUCCUCUCGGAGGCCCCCUCUGCCUCUCUCUCCUCGUCGCUUCCUCUCUCUCCACCGCCGCCGCCGCACCCACUCUCUUUCUUCAUCUUCUUCUUCUUCUCUCUCGGAAUUCUUUGGAAGCCUCCGUCUCAGCUCCACCACUCCUUCCAACCUCUCAACUCUACCCAGUAAGCAUAGGAGGAACUUCUCUGUCUUCGCCAUGGCCACUGAAGAAACAAAGCGCAGUGUACCUUUGAAAGAUUAUCGCAAUAUUGGAAUCAUGGCUCACAUAGAUGCUGGCAAGACCACUACAACUGAACGAAUUCUAUACUAUACUGGGAGAAACUAUAAGAUUGGUGAGGUACAUGAGGGAACGGCUACGAUGGACUGGAUGGAGCAAGAACAAGAAAGAGGUAUAACCAUAACAUCCGCUGCAACUACCACAUUUUGGAACAAGCAUCGGAUUAAUAUAAUCGAUACUCCUGGUCAUGUUGACUUCACACUUGAAGUUGAGCGAGCUCUCAGGGUUUUGGAUGGUGCUAUAUGCUUGUUUGACAGUGUUGCUGGUGUGGAACCCCAGUCUGAAACUGUGUGGAGACAAGCUGAUAAAUAUGGAGUGCCUAGAAUUUGUUUCGUUAAUAAAAUGGAUCGUCUUGGAGCAAACUUUUUCCGUACGAGAGACAUGAUAGUGACGAAUUUGGGUGCCAAACCGCUUGUAAUUCAAAUACCCAUAGGUUCCGAAGAUAAUUUCAAAGGAGUCAUUGAUCUUGUGAAAAUGAAAGCGAUCAUCUGGUCAGGAGAAGAACUAGGUGCCAAGUUUGUGUAUGAAGAUGUUCCAGCUGAUCUUCAAGAGUUGGCUGAGGACUACAGGGCACAAAUGAUAGAGACCAUAGUUGAGUUGGAUGAUGAAGCUAUGGAGGGUUACUUAGAAGGAGUUGAGCCCGAUGAGGAAACCAUUAAGAAACUAAUUAGGAAAGGUACAAUCUCAGCCUCUUUUGUGCCAGUUCUAUGUGGUUCGGCUUUUAAAAACAAGGGAGUUCAGCCAUUACUAGAUGCAGUCGUGGAUUAUUUGCCUUCACCCCUUGAUGUGCCACCAAUGAAUGGCACAGACCCUGAUAACCCAGAAGUGACAAUUGAAAGAGCUGCAAGUGAUGAAGAACCAUUUGCCGGUCUAGCUUUCAAGAUCAUGAGCGAUUCAUUUGUGGGGUCUCUUACGUUUGUAAGAGUAUAUGCAGGGAAGCUUAUGGCAGGCUCUUAUGUACUGAACGCAAACAAAGGAAAGAAAGAGAGAAUCGGUAGACUUCUAGAGAUGCAUGCCAACAGCAGAGAGGAUGUUAAGGUAGCUUUAGCUGGCGAUAUUGUUGCUCUUGCAGGUCUAAAAGAUACCAUUACAGGAGAAACGUUGUGUGAUCCCGAGAAGCCUAUUGUGCUUGAAAGGAUGGACUUCCCUGAUCCUGUUAUAAAGGUUGCAAUUGAACCGAAGACUAAAGCAGAUGUUGAUAAGAUGGCAACUGGCUUAAUCAAGCUCGCUCAAGAAGAUCCUUCUUUCCACUUCUCACGUGAUGAAGAGGUCAACCAAACAGUUAUUGAAGGAAUGGGUGAAUUGCAUCUUGAGAUUAUUGUUGAUCGGCUCAAGAGGGAAUUUAAGGUAGAAGCUAAUGUUGGUGCACCGCAAGUAAACUACCGUGAAAGCAUUUCUAAAGUCUCAGAAGUGAAAUAUGUUCACAAGAAACAGUCAGGUGGGCAAGGACAAUUUGCUGAUAUCACUGUAAGGUUUGAGCCCUUGGAACCUGGUAGCGGAUACGAGUUCAAGAGUGAAAUUAAGGGAGGUGCAGUGCCAAAAGAAUACAUUCCGGGAGUGAUAAAAGGAUUAGAGGAGUGCAUGAGUAAUGGCGUGCUUGCAGGUUUUCCCGUUGUCGACGUCCGUGCUGCAUUAGUGGAUGGUUCUUACCAUGAUGUUGAUUCAAGUGUGUUGGCAUUCCAGCUUGCGGCAAGAGGAGCUUUUCGGGAAGGUAUGAAGAGAGCUGCUCCGAAGAUGCUAGAGCCCAUAAUGAAAGUUGAAGUUGUAACCCCUGAAGAACACUUGGGAGAUGUGAUCGGUGAUCUGAACUCAAGGAGAGGCCAGAUCAACAGCUUUGGCGAUAAACCUGGCGGUCUCAAGGUGGUUGAUUCGCUCGUACCACUAGCAGAGAUGUUUCAAUAUGUCAGUACGCUGCGGGGAAUGACAAAAGGCCGGGCUUCCUACACUAUGCAAUUAGCCAAGUUUGAUGUUGUCCCGCAACACAUCCAGAACCAGCUCGCAGCAGCAAAAGAGGAAUCAGUUGCUGCUUAAUCUUGUUUUGCUGAUCUCAAACACCUUUACUUGGAACAAACUUUUUUUUUUUUCCCCACUCUUUUUUUAACUUGAUAUUUGUACCAAAUUCAUAAAUGUAAUGAAAUUAACUUUCACAAU